ACAAACUAGAUCUUGAUUUUUGUUUUUGUUCUGAAGUGUUUCUAAAUAUAGUGAUUUACUAACGAUGUUACACUUAUUAAAUGCGAAUAUUCGUUUGUUAUUAAUCUCUGCUCCAUUUUGUAGUUGCUCUAGUUUCUUUAUGAUUUCUUGAGUUGAGGGCUCGAAACAAACGAUGCAUAUUCUAAUAUCGGUCUAACAAAGGAACAUGUAAAACUAAAUACCAACCUUUAACCAACAGACCUUGAUUUGCUUUUUAUUGUAUAACUGGUAUUAUAUUGUUUCAGUCAUUUUCACACAAAAAUAUGCUGCGGAUCAUCUUCUUGUACGCCUUGACUUUUAUUGCGAUUGUUGUGAAUGCAAAUUAUGGUAUCACCUUAAAGGAAUACGACAGAAAUUGUGGACAAGUUCUAAUUGAGGAUGUGGACAAUAUUACGUACACUGCUUUGGUCAGGUCGACGACGAAUAACAUGGAUUUGAAAAAUUACUUAGUUCGUUUUCAUUUGCAGAGAAAAGAUGAUAAUGAAUUUGUACAAAUGUGUGAAGUAGACCUUGAAAAAGGAUGCGAGGAAAAAUUACAGAAACAGUGUUAUUGUAGAAACAACUAUGAAAUAGUGUGGAAUACCACUGCUAUACAUGAAGACAGUCAUGCACAAGUAACAGCAAGUUUAAAACAUAAAGCAAAUGGUAAAGUGGAGUCUAACAAUUUAACAGUGCCACUGAUCUUGAAAGCACCAAGCCUGGUAAAUGUCCAUCUUUUAGUUAAUGACCAACUUGUACAACACAAUGGUGAGAUUCAUAUUUCAAAUGACGAAAAGAAUCUGUCAAUACGAUUUUCUACUGACGAUGAAAAAAAGUUUCAAGACUAUGGUCUUCACUUUGAUGUCGAGCACUAUCGAGGCAGUUCAGUCAGGAUCAGUCUGAAACCAGAAAAACUAACUAUCAACAUAAUGAUGUGUGACCGGAAGCUAGACCAUUUCAACUUGAGGAUAAAAUAUGAUGAACAGACUCAAAGAACUCCUGAAAGUUUGGAAAGUUAUACAACACCGCAAGAUUCAGACGAACAAGACAAUGUGUCUGUAAAUUGGACCAUUCCACUGGCAGUAAUUUGUGGGAUCUUGUCGAUAGCAUUGAUUAUUUCUUUGUAUGUGAAUGUUCCUACUAUCAAAGCAAAAAUUAAGGAAAUGAAGCUGAAGCCAAAAAAAGCGCAGGAAUGGCCAUACAAUGGUAAUGCUGAAGUCAAAGAAAAACUAAACGGAAAUUUUGUUUAAGAAAGGAUCAUAUUCUACUUGUAACGAUAAAAACAUUAACGUGGUUACAUCGUACGCAUUGCGAGUUUUCAAACUAUUAUUAACACUCGAAAUUUCAAACUAUCUAUUAACCCGCAUUAAAUCACUCAUCUAUCACUAAUUUUCUGGAACCUCAGAACAUGAUACUGUGUAAAAUAUUCGUUUGAUAUCCUAAAAUCUAGGUACUAACUAAGACACGGUUUUUAAAGAUUCGAAAUCAAUCGGUGAAAAUGUUAGGGAACAAAAUAUAUAAAACCCUUUGUAUUAAUUUUUCGUUAUUUCCCAAACGGGUCACUGCACCUAUCUGCACCAAUUUAGAAAAAAAAAUCAAGAGAAUAUUAUGUUUAAGAAUAACUAGCUGCUAGACUCUAUAUUUCCCCAAACCCAAAAAAAAAAAAAAAAAAAGGAAUUACAAAAGAAAGGAUCAACCUAUCUAAUAUUUAAAAGUAUGAACAAUGAUUUCACUUUGAAAUGCAAAUAAAAACAAUUAGGCUUCCAGACCAGUGGCGUCACAAGGAAGGUUUAAGACGUGUUGUUGACUCCCGAAAGGAUAAAAUAAUAAAUAAACAGCACACGUUUUUUGUUGUUUUUUUUAAUUGUCAGAUUAGAUACCUGAACAGGUUCAAACACAAUUGCUAUAGAGAACUAUAUAACCUAAUAUUUUUAUAACGAAUUUUUUUUUUAAUUGCUUAGAAAUGUUCAAUAACUUUAAACUAUAUUUUACCAGCAAAACGAUGAACCUAACCUAAUGUUUUGCGACAGUGAUUUGGACUAUAAUAGGAAACACUUUUCAUCGAAGUUAAGUAGGGGCUAACAGCUUUAUUUCAGGAGAUUGGUCAACCGAUACCGGCAGCUAACGUUUAUUAAAAGAUGAAAGUCUUUAGAUUAAGUAUUAACGAAAUCUCACAUGCCAUUAAAUGUAAAUUCCGCAGAAUGGGAAAAGAACCAUUGAGAUUUCUGGGGAUAAUGAUUUAGUGAUAAUGAUUUAAUGGGACGGAAGGUAUUUAUUUCAUACCAUGAUCGAAAAUACAGCUUUAGCCUAGACCAGUGAUGCCCAAAAUACGGCCCGCGGGCCGGUGGCUGCAUCCGGCCCGCCGAAACGUUGGCAAAAAGUGUAGAAAAUCCCAUCUCAUAAAAGAAAAAGUUUGAAAAAAAAAAGUAUAUUUCUCUACGUUAGGGUAAAUGGAUUGGUACCGAUAAUAAGCCACCAUAUUCUUUUUUAUGAAGAUAGAAUGGCUCUUUUAAAGGACAUAAACAGCUUUGAGAAACCAAACACAAAUAAAUGAAUCAGCAUUUUUGGUUUGAGACGCGAUUGCUAGAUUUUACCUAGAGAGGAUGGUUAACGAGAACCAUUUUUCGGGGGCGAAUGCAUAAAAAAGUGUUUUCUAGCAGAGAUGGAAGAACUGUGUUCUGAAAAGGAGAAUAUGUUGAUGUUGUCAGCCUUUCUCUUGACAAUACAAGGCAAGAGAAAGAUAUAGGUAGAUAUCACCUUUCAAAAGUAACAGAAAAAACAGAUUUCGAAAUGAUUUCUAUUGCCGCCAAGAAAUCUACACAACAUAUCUGAUACUGCUCAAAAUCUUGGUAAUAAUUCGUAGAAAAAAGAACAGUUUUAAAAUCACAGAAGCUAGUAGCUAUGAGGAGCAUGCGUGGGACCACCACUAGCAAAGUCCUGUCAAAGACGUUUCAACCAUCACAUAGAAUCUUUCUCUUGCUUGUGAGAAAUUAGUGGGAGUGACUACUGAAGUUGCAACAAGCAUAGUUGACAGCAACAGUUAUUAGAAAAGUUGUUGAGUCAAAUGGGCCCAGCCUCGGUUGCUUUAUUGAAUUGAGGGGGCAGUGUUAUGACUCUACAUUGAGCACUGUCAUUUGGCGCGACAUUGUGUACCAGAGGACACGACAGAGAACAGAGGAAGGAAGAUGGCCGAUGAUUAGAGAUGUAAACAAGAAGGCCUGAGAUGUGACUCUGGGUUUGGCUCUAGAUGUAGUUUAUAAUUGAUUAUUAAACGUUCUGUUUUAUAUCACUUUCUUUGAGGUUGAUUGCUAAGUUAUAGCAAGCAAUAUCUUGUAUUUUGUUCUUGCUGCUGCUGACUAUUUGUAACUUAUUUAAAAGAAACGAAACAGACAUUUAAGACUUAAUUUGAUAAGUCGUGGGAAUAAAGUUCAAAAUGAAAAAUUUACGGGUAGUAUAAAUAAUAUUCUUCAGGAUUUGGAAGAAAAAAAAAACAACGGAAAACAUUGGCAGCCAGACUUGGAAUAUUAAAUCAAAUGACUAGGAAGUCAAUGUUAUCAAUAAGAAAAAAAAUAAAGAAAUGGAGGAACAUCGUGCACAGGUUGUGUGAUAUCAGAAUGUUGCUAGCAAAGUGUAAUCACACACACACACAAAUAAAACUUAGGUUGAGUUCAUACAUGUAAACCACGUAAAAGAUUUACAUACCAGAAACAUAAUGUCUACAAGGUAGUAAGAUAUCUUGAUUGAAAAUGUAUCUGAUAUAACUAAUAGGAUGUCCGAACUACAGGAUUUAAAAAACGAAAUAACAACUAAUGAGUUCUGAUAUCUAAUACGCAUGGAAUAGGAUGAGCUUGAAUUAAUGAUGUGAUGAAGUAGAAACAAUAUCUGAAUCCUAUGAAGGAGUACAAGCAAUUUUUAGAGCCAACAGAAAGACAACUAACACUAUUUACUUAUCUUAUAUCUUACAGACGUUACCGUACUUCAAAAAAGAAGAUGUAUAGGGAGGGUGUGUAACUAUUUUAGUGUAUAUAUAUAUAUAUCUACGAACAUGCUUGACUAGCCAUGCCAGUGUGUUAUUUUCUUGUCUGACCACUCCACAUUUAGUCUAACAGCCUUUAUUUUUUGAAGUUAUAACUUUUUAUUUAACUUUUGCCCAUAACUAUAUAUUAUAUAUUAUUGUGCACGGAGUCGCAGCUUUGCAGAUAUUGGCAAUUUUUUAAAGACGAAUAUUUACUGAUCUAUGUCACGUACAUUUUUUUUUGUUACUUCUUUAAAAAUUGAUGUUAUUGUGAUGUGAAAAGAAAGUACCUAUAUAUUCAAUGUUGUAUUAGUUAUAGAAUUGUAAACCUGCACAUUCCUUUAUAGAACACUACCAAGACCGGCUUUACAAAAUGCAUGGAUGCUGGCAGGUACAAUUUUUUUCACACAGUGGUUCCUUGCUAUGUGAGUCCUUCCGUGUAUACAGGGGGUUAAGUUGAUCCAUAAAAAAUCACAAAUGAUACACUGUAUUGUAUUUUUUUGUAUCGGCACCGGUCAAACGAAAGUCUCUAUUAGUAUUGUUUCUUUGUCACGUUUAGAAACAACUAGAAAAGAUACGAAAAAGCUGAUUUCUUCUUUAACUAAAAAGUCGUGUUUGAGAUUUAUUUAUUUUGUUCCCCUGGCAAUCAAAUCAUUAAAUAAGAACAAUCUAGUAUAAACUUUGUCACAUGUAAAUUAUGAGUGAGUCUGGUGUGAAUGUACACUUUGGUUUCUUAUAGUUAUAAUGUUUUUUGUUUGGUGUAAUGCACAAAUUGUAAGACAAAUUUCCUUUCGGAUAAUAAAGAUUAUUAUUAUUAUUAUAAUUAUUAUCAAUAAAAGGUUGUUGAAAUUUUUUACUCUUAUAUGAUAAUCUAAAACGCUUUUCUGACUUUUAAUACAUUUAGAUUUUUUUUACCAAAGGCUUAGAAGUUUCAUUAUUACUAAAGGUUGUUUAGUUUGUUUUCAGGAGAAAAACACCUCUAAACGAUUCUUAGAAAAAUUACUACUAUAGGAAAUCAAGUCAAUGGCUUGAAAAUUGCGUUUGUUCAUGCACAAAUCUGGAGGUGAAAAUACAUAUAUUAUUAAUUACCCGGUACCGAAAUAGCAAUCUAAGCGGCUAAAUAUAUAACGCUUACUUACACCUCAUUUACAAUCUUUUACUUUUUCGAUUUCAAUGUAUUUAUAUUAAACACCUAACUGUAUUAAGCGCGUGUUUUUAUUUUAUUAUUUUAGGUGUAUUGAAAUUGUUUAAUUAUUAUUUUUAAAGAGUGUUUAACCUUUUUUUUUCUACUUCUACUUUUCUCUUUUUUUCUCUUUUACUAAUUCAAUCUGAAUGUAUAUAUAUAUUAAAUGCCUAGCGCCUUUUUUUUUUGAGUAAAUUGUUUGAUUAUUGUGUUAAAAAAAUGAAGAAAAAAAUC